AUGGACGACUGUGUGGCCCGGUGCCCGCCGGCGCAGCCGACCAUCGUCUUCGACGCGAACACCGAGUUUUGCUGGCUGGAAAUGAUCCCGGGCUGCUACCGGAUGUACCUCUCGGGCAGCAACUACAUCUGCACCGAGUGCAACGCCGGCAACUGGGUGUCCUCCAGCAACACAUGCGUGGCCUGCCCCGGCGGCUGCGCCACAUGCGCCAACCCCUCCCUCUGCACCAGCUGCGCCGGGGGGCACUACCUCGGCGGCGUCUGCAACACCUGCUCAGCCAACUGCUCCUCCUGCACCGGGGCCACUACCUGCACAGCCUGUGGAAAUAACACGGCCCUCCAUGCGGGAGCGUGUGUGGCCACCUGCCCGGCCGGGACCUUCCGCAAUGGCGGCGUCUGCAGCACCUGCUCGGCUGACUGUGCCUCCUGCACCGGGGCCGCCGCUUGCACGGCCUGCACCAAUGGCGCCCUCUUGCAAGGUGGCGCCUGCGUGGCCGUCUGCCAGAGUGGCACCUUCGCCAGCGGCGGCAUAUGCAUCGAUUGCCCGGCCAACUGCGCCUCCUGCACCGGUGCCUCAAGCUGUACGGCCUGCGCCAAUGCCACGACUCUGCACAAUGGCGCAUGCCUGGCCACCUGCCCGGCCGGCUUCUUCGCCAGCGGCGGCGUCUGUGCCCCGUGCUCGGCCGACUGCGCCUCCUGCACCGGGGCCGCCGCGUGCACCGCUUGCGUGAAUGGCACGCUCCUGCACGCCGGGGCCUGUGUGGCCGCCUGCCCGGCCGGCUUCUUCGCCAACAAUGCUGCCUGCUCGGCCUGCUCGGCCCACUUGCGCCGCCUGCGUGGCCAACUGCUCGGCCUGCACGACGACGGCCGC